AUGGUGAAGUUCUCCAAGCAGUUUGAGGCUCAACUGGUUCCCGAGUGGAAAGAAGCCUUUGUGGACUACAGACAACUGAAGAAAGAGUUAAGGAAACUACAAAGGUUGAAACAAAACCAAGAGAAGGAAGCAUUAACAGUCACUAAAGAUGCCAGGAAGAGGACCUCCUGCUUCUCCUUGUCCUCUUUCCCACGCAUGUCACCUCUCGUUCGUCGACUCUGUGGCCGUUCACCUAAGGACCACGGAGCCAUACAGGUGCAUAGGAAGCUUACCAGCUCUGCUAGCAGAGGCGACGUAUACGAGACCGAACUGUUGGAGCAGUUCUUUGAUGCGGAGGCAGCAAUGGACUUCUUCUCAAUGCUUGACGCGCAGCUCAACAAGGUUAAUCAGUUCUAUAAGGGCAAAGAGAAAGAGUAUUUGGACAGAGGAGAGAGUCUAGAGAAACAGAUGCUGAUCCUCACAGAGCUGAAGGCCACACUCAAGCAGCAGCAGUACAGUAAGCUAGGCUCUGUGCCCAAGGAGGAAGAUCCUUCCAUCUCUAGCAGUUCUAUGUCAUUGCAGUGUGGAUUUAGCACAGAGGAAGAAGAGUCAACGAGAACAGAGGCCGUAGAUCUUCAAGAUCAACCGCUAAGUCUCACCAAAUCAGAUUUGGAGAAGUUUGAUGGUGCCUCACUCGGUGAAUGGACUCAGUUGGAUCAGAGCACCGGUGUGAAGAGGGAUGAGAAGAAGCUGGGAAUUUCCAAGAGUUUCUCAGCAAGGACGUUCAGUUGUCAAGGGAGGAACUUGAGGAUGGAGAUACCACUGACGACGCCCUCGAGAGCGCUCUCUGCUCUCAGUUUAGCAUGGGAAGACUUGGUGAGCCAGUAUAAGAAAUGUGGCUCAGAUGGUACCAAGCUCAAGGUAAACAAAGCGACGCUGCAGCAUGCAGAGAAGAUGAUAAAGAGAGCAUUUAUUGAACUCUACAAAGGACUGGAUUACCUAAGGACUUUUAGGACUCUGAAUAUGUCGGCCUUUAUGAAGAUCCUGAAGAAGUUUGAUAAGGUGACAAACCAACAAAUACUGCCAAUUUAUCUUAGGGUUGUUGAGAGCUCAUACUUCAAUAUCUCAGACAAGGCACUGAAGAAAGCUGACGAGGUUGAGGAGGCCUUUGCUGAGCACUUCAUGGACAAUGACCAAGGAAAAGCCAUGAAGUACCUGAAACCCCACCAACGCAAAGAAUCCCAUGCAGUGACCUUCUUUACUGGUCUCUUUGCAGGAUGCUUUACUGCUUUAUUUGCUGGUUACAUCGGGUUGGCCCACAUGGCGGGACUCUACACAAGGCAGACCAACCCCGUGUACAUGGAAACAGUGUAUCCUGUAUUUUGCAUGCUGAGCCUGCUGUUCCUUCACCUGUUCCUGUAUGGAUGCAACAUCCUCACCUGGAAGAGAGCUCGCAUCAACUACUGCUUCAUCUUCGAGUUCGCGCCCACACAGGAGCUGAAGUACAGGGACGUCUUCCUGGCGUGCGCCACCUGCAUGACCGCCGUCGUCGGCGUCAUGCUGGCUCAUCUCUAUAUCGUCGCAAAGGGCCACUCCUCCCCACAAGUGGACGCCAUCCCCGGUCUCCUCCUCCUGAUCUUUUUAGUGCUGCUGGUCUGUCCCUUUAACAUACUCUACAGAUCAACCCGUUACUGUUUCCUCAGAAUCCUACGGAAUAUUGUCUUGGCACCACUUUACAAGGUUGUCAUGGUAGACUUUUUCAUGGCUGAUCAGCUUUGCAGUCAGGUUCCCAUGCUAAGGAGCUUAGAGUAUGUGGCCUGCUACUACAUAACCGGAAGCUACAAGAUACAUGACUACAAUUUCUGCCACCAGUCCAAGCACUACAGAGAUCUUGUCUUUGCUGUUUCCUUCUUACCUUACUACUGGAGAGCAAUGCAGUGUGCGAGGCGAUGGUUUGAUGAAGGGGAGGGCAGCCAUCUUGUUAAUCUUGGCAAGUAUGUGUCUGCCAUGAUUGCAGCGGGGGCAAAGGUUGCAUAUGAAAGAGACAAGGGCGUUGGCUGGCUGGCCUUGCUUAUUAUAACCUCCAGCACCGCCACAAUCUACCAGUUGUACUGGGACUUUGUCAAGGACUGGGGCUUGCUGCAGCCCCGUUCCCGCAACCCUUGGCUAAGGGAUGAGCUGAUGCUCAGACACAAAGUCAUAUACUAUUUUUCCAUGGGCGUGAACCUUGUUUUUAGGUUGGCCUGGUUGCAGACUGCCCUCCAUUCCAACUUUGGCAGUGUGGACUAUAGGGUGACUGGAUUCUUUUUGGCAGCCCUUGAAGUGAUUCGAAGGGGUCAAUGGAACUUUUACAGGUUGGAAAAUGAGCAUUUGAAUAAUGCUGGCAAGUUCAGGGCUGUUAAGACUGUGCCACUGCCUUUCCAUGAGCUGGAUGAAGAUUAACAUUGGCCAACCAAAACUGUACAUGCCAUAAUUAUUAUAUGGCAUAAUGUACAAGCAAGAUAUAAAAAUAAAAAGCUCACUCCUUUUCAAAUUUGAUCGGAGAUCUA